AUGGGAAAAGAAGGGGUUUUACCAAGUUUGCCCAAACUAUUAGAUGUCCACAGGAGCGCCAGUGAGUUCUGCUUUUCCUCUUCAUCAAGCAAACCCUAGGAAACACAGGAAAACCGCCAUUAACUUCUUGGAAAGCCGCUUGUGGUGAUCUGGGCAGCUAGAUCCAACAUCAAAACCGCCUUUGAAAACCGGGAGGAUGAGUGAAUCAGAUGAAGCAGCUCGUCGAAUGCAUGCGGUGAAUGAGCAUAGAAAAAAACUUCUUCAGCAUAAGGAGUUGGAGUCCAGAGUACGAGGAGUAAGAGAGAACCUGAAAGCUGCAAAGAAGGAGUUUGCCAAAACAGAAGAUGAUUUGAAGUCUCUUCAGAGUGUGGGACAGAUUAUUGGAGAAGUUCUUAGACCUCUUGACAAUGAGCGUUUGAUUGUGAAAGCUAGUAGUGGUCCGAGGUAUGUUGUGGGUUGCCGGAGCAAAGUUGAUAAGGAAAAGUUAACUGCGGGGACUCGAGUUGUUCUUGAUAUGACAACUCUUACAAUUAUGCGGGCUCUUCCACGUGAGGUGGACCCAGUGGUGUAUAACAUGCUCCAUGAGGACCCUGGGAAUAUUAGCUACUCUGCAGUGGGUGGAUUGUCUGAUCAAAUCCGGGAGCUUAGAGAGUCUAUCGAGCUUCCUCUAAUGAACCCUGAACUCUUUAUCAGAGUGGGGAUUAAACCCCCAAAGGGUGUUCUUCUUUACGGCCCCCCUGGAACCGGCAAAACACUUCUGGCUAGGGCUAUUGCCAGCAACAUUGAUGCAAAUUUCCUGAAGGUUGUUUCAAGUGCCAUUAUUGACAAAUACAUCGGUGAAAGUGCUCGGUUGAUACGUGAGAUGUUUGGGUAUGCGCGUGAUCAUCAACCUUGCAUCAUCUUCAUGGAUGAAAUUGAUGCCAUUGGUGGACGUCGUUUCAGUGAGGGCACAAGUGCAGACCGUGAGAUACAAAGAACAUUGAUGGAGUUACUCAAUCAGCUCGAUGGCUUUGAUCAACUUGGAAAGGUUAAAAUGAUCAUGGCUACAAAUCGACCUGAUGUUCUGGAUCCUGCCCUUCUUCGUCCUGGGCGACUGGAUAGGAAGAUAGAAAUCCCAUUACCAAAUGAACAGGCUAGAAUGGAGAUCCUUAAGAUCCAUUCAGCUGGAAUAGCUAAACAUGGGGAGAUUGACUAUGAAGCUGUCGUGAAACUUGCAGAGGGGUUCAAUGGGGCGGAUCUUCGGAAUGUGUGCACAGAAGCAGGGAUGUCAGCAAUUAGGGCAGAACGUGAUUAUGUGAUUCAUGAGGACUUCAUGAAGGCUGUUCGGAAACUAAAUGAUGCCAAGAAACUUGAAUCUAGUGCUCAUUACAGUGCUGAUUUCGGAAAAGAGUAAAGCUUGGAAAUUCAAGGCAAAGAGCAAUUUUAUCAUAUGACUUGGCGUACAAUGCUCGAGCAUCUAAGUGGACACAGAAAGCUCUGGGUACAAGAUAUCCAUAUGCAUUGUUUUGCUUGUGGCCUCUCGAUUUGCCUUCUGAUGUGCUUCCCCGCUUUCAAUAUCUCGGAUGUCCUAGGAAUUGUAAUCUUUGUAAGAAUGAUGAUUUUUUUGGCUGCCAUCUGCCCUUCUCUCUCUCUCUUUCUCUCUUUCGUACAUGCUUAGUCUCUCUUUUUUGCGUUGAGCACGAGUAAGGUGUACGUAAAAAACCCACUAAAGGUCAUUUUUAUAUUGGAAAACUUUCAAAUCGAUCAUCUCGA